UACCCGAGUCCGACUCCAACGCAGCUAGGCAGUUGGCAAGUGGGAACGAUGAAUUCGCUGGAACAGGCGGAAGAUCUUAAAGCAUUUGAAAGAAGAUUGACUGAGUAUGUGUCCUGUUUGCAACCUGCGACAGGCCGGUGGCGAAUGAUUCUAAUAGUGGUGUCUGUAUGUACAGCAACUGGAGCUUGGAACUGGUUAAUAGACCCAGACACUCAGAAGGUGUCAUUCUUCUCUUCCUUGUGGAAUCACCCCUUUUUUACAAUAAGCUGCAUCACAUUGAUUGGCUUAUUCUUUGCUGGAAUUCACAAACGAGUAGUUGCCCCUUCAAUAAUUGCAGCCCGUUGCCGGACAGUACUUGCAGAAUAUAACAUGUCCUGUGAUGAUACGGGGAAGCUUAUCCUGAAACCACGGCCACAUAUCCAGUAGCAUCUUUGCACGCUUCGUCUUCCAUAAAUAAAUGGAUUUUCACCGAAUCACUUUGUCAGUUAUUAAAGAACAUCCAAUAGGGGCCCACUCUAUUAUUGUGGGUAAGAAGAGAAAGAAUACAAACUUGUACUGUUGCACUUGCAUAAAGAACACAGUAUCAUGGGAAGAAGCUUUUGAAUAACAUAUUUCAGUGUUGGUGUGUAAGCUUAGAACCCAUGUGUGUAAAAGCACCUUAAGAGCCCUGUUUAAUGUUUUGGUUAUUC